UAGCACCAGUAGCAGCUGUCAGAGAGGAUCAAUCAGCGGAUUAUCAGGAUGGCUUUCCAGAACAAGAAGAGCAGCGCGAGACCCGCGGGCGACCGUCUGAUCAUCAAAGGAGGAAAGAUCGUCAAUGACGACCAGUCGUUCUACGCUGACAUCUACGUGGAGGACGGCUCCAUCAAACAGGUGGGGGAGAAUCUGAUGGUGCCGGCCGGCGUGCGGACGCUGGAUGCGUACGGUCAGCUGGUGAUCCCCGGAGGAGUGGACGCCAACACCAACCUGCUGGCUCCCCAGAGAGGCCUGACCCCCCCUGGGGGCUUCUUCAUGGGGAGCAGGGCGGCCCUGGGCGGGGGCACCACCACCAUCAUGGAGCACGUGCUGGUGGAGCCAGGGACAAGUCUCCUGGCAGCGCUGGAUCAGUGGAAGGAGACGGCGGAGCAGACGGCGUGCUGCGACUUCUCGUUCCAUCUGGACAUCACUCGCUGGCAUGAAGGACUCAACGAGGAGCUGGAGACACUCGUCAGAGAUCACGGUGUGAACUCGUUCCUGUUCUUCAUGUCCUACAAAGACAAAUACCAGAGCUCCGACUCGCAGCUCUACGAGGCGUUUGGGGUCCUCCGGGAUCUCGGAGCGAUCGCUCAAGUCCACGCUGAGAACGGUGACAUCAUUGAUGAGGAACAGAAGAAGCUUCUCUCUCUCGGCAUCACCGGACCUGAAGGACACGUUUUAUCACACCCUGAGGAGGUGGAGACGGAGGCUGUGUAUCGGGCCAUCACCAUCGCCAAACAGGCCAACUGUCCGCUGUAUGUUACCAAGGUGAUGAGCAAAUCUGCUGCUGAUGUCAUCGCCAAAGCCAGGAAGAAAGGUAUGCUGGUGUACGGGGAGCCAAUCACUGCAGGCCUGGCCACUGAUGGCUCCCACUAUUGGUCCAAAGACUGGGCCACAGCGGCUGCCUUUGUCAUGAGCCCGCCCCUGAACCCGGAUCCUUCAACUCCACAGUACCUGACCUCUCUGUUAGCAUGUGGAGACCUCCAGGUGACAUCCAGCGCUCAUGCAAGCUUCUCCACAGCCCAGAAAGCUGUCGGUAAAGACGACUUCACUCUGAUUCCAGAGGGAACCAACGGGAUCGGGGAGAGAAUGUCUGUGGUGUGGGACAGAGCUGUGUGUACGGGGAAGAUGGACGAGAACGAGUUUGUUGCCGUAACGAGCACCAACGCUGCCAAACUCUUCAACAUUUACCCACGCAAAGGAAGGAUCGCUGUCGGAUCAGACGCUGACAUCGUCAUCUGGAAUCCGAAGGAGACACAAACUGUUUCUGCAAAGACUCACAACCUGUCUGUGGAGGUGAACAUCCUGGAGGGUUUGGAGUUUCGAGGCGUGGCGUCGGUGGUGAUCAGCGGCGGUCGAGUCGUUCUGGAGGACGGAAAACUCAACGUGAACGAAGGUUCAGGACGCUUCAUCCCUAGGAAGGCUUUCCCAGACGCAGUCUACAAGAGGAUCAGAGCUCGCAGCAAGAUGGCUGAGGCUCGCGGCGUCCCCCGAGGAAGCUACGAUGGUCCGGUCCAUGAUGUCAUCAGUAUGACUAAAUCAGUCCCGCCCACUCCGACCACCAGGGGGCCGCCCUGUCCGAAAACCCAGAUGAACCUCCGAAACCUCCACCAAUCAGGAUUCACCCUGGCAGGAACUCAGAUUGACGACCACAUCCCUCGCCGCUCGGCUCAGAGGAUCGUGGCUCCGCCUGGUGGCCGAUCCAACAUCACAUCCUUAUCCUAAAACUACAACAAUCCCACUUUGAGUUUACUUUGAGUUUGUCCAACAAAAUACUAGGGCUGGGUAUCGCCAAAUGAUUUUCUGAUUCAGUUCGAUUACAUUUCUGAUUGGAUAUCAAUGAGGUUAUUGAUAGCCAGUUUAUCUUGGAUAUAAAAGAGAUUCUCAGAGAACUUCUGCUGUAAAUUGUACAAGCCAGAAGCAAGCCUCAGAUAUUUUUUAUAAUGCACCAGGUUAAUGUUUACAUUUAGAAAUGACCCUACUCAGUGAGUUUAAAUGACUUUUUAUUGACCAGAACUAACAGAAGAAAGGAAUUGAGAAGGCAGACAUUUAGGGCCCUUUCACAGUGACCUCCUUUGGUUGACAUAAAGUUAGCAAAAUAAUUUGGUUCAGUUUAAAAAAUACGCAAAUUACUAACGAAAAAAUGUUUGUAGCUAGCAAUCAAACAACAUGAACUUUAGUACAUCUCUUCCAAAGUAAAUGCUAUCAACUUGAAUAUGAUGAUUCUUGUGUGCCGUGACACUGAGGCUCUGUGCUAAAUUUGGCAUCAAUCAGCAAAUAGUGUUGCUGCAGGUAGUAAUGCCAUAAUAACAGUAUAGUUGUAACGAUAUGCAUCUGUUCAUUCAUUCUUGUCAACGCCAAAGAGUCAAAGCUACUCUCGAACUGACAACACGACAACACAUCCAUUUACGAACCAAUCAGUGUCGAGUACAGGAAGACGCAACCUACAGAAAUGAUGAUGACAGGAAGUUGUAAUGUUUGUUAUUUUGCUCAAAAAACUGCAAUGUGAAAGCAAACCAAAAUUAACGUAAUGUAUCAAAACAUGAACUUUGGUUUCGGACCUUGGUGCAGACUUUCAGGAGUGAAAGGACCCUAAAAGAUUGAUUUCAGGAUGUUAUUAAUCUGUCAGAUCACUCAAAUAGAGGCAAAGACAAUUUUAAUUGGAGAAUCAAUUAUUUUUACCCAGCCCUACAAAUCACUGACGUACACCUUUACUUAGAGAUACCACCAAACCCUUUACCAAUCUUCCAACUCAUACUACGCAUUAUUACAGUAGUACCCUAACCCUUUUACUAGGAUCAAACCCAACAUCAGCUAUCCAACUAGACAUCAACUAUCCAACUAGUACUAAACUCUAAAACAAUAUACUUCAGCUUGUGCUAAACCCUGCGUACCCUGCCCUACUAAACAACGGUACUACAACCCUAAAAAUACUACAAUCCUAAAAGUACUAACCCAUAAAAUCAUUUUGUUUACUGAGGUAAUGAAUUAAAUGAGAAGUAGGUUGAUUUUUUCCCAUAGAUUCUAUAGAAACAGACAUCUGUUUGGAGCCAGUGAGUCUGCCCCUGCUGGACGUUAGAGAGAAUGCAGCUUUAAGGAGAUCGGCUUCACUUCUCAGACCCGGAAGCUUCGAAUGCUAUUUUACAUUCUGUCAUUUUAAUGAAGUAGGACUGAAUGUUAGAACAGUUACAAGCCGACAACUAGUAUGAAAUUCUUCAACAAUGGUUCUUUAACGAGUACUGAAUGUUAUUGGUAUGGUUCCCAGCAUCAUUUGAAGUACGCUGAGGCUACAUCUACGCUGCAACAUUUUAGUUUUAAAGAAAAUGUCUUCUGCUGCUUUUACGCCUGGCGUUCAAACUCCUGCGGUGUUUCCCAGCCCCUUGGGUUAGGGUUAGGGGGUUAGGUUUAGGGGGUUAGGGUUAUGGUUAAUGGUCAUGUGAUCUGUGAUUGUCCAGCCCCCUUAAACAUGCCCAGCUACAAAAACUUCAAAAAAAGGCAAUAUACAUUGUAAACAAACGACAAAACCUAAGCAAAAAACAAACAAAAACUUCGGAAAGCGACGAACUUCGAAAAAAGUGACGAAAACGUUUAAAAAAAGCAUAAAAUGUGAAGUGGGGAAACAUUUUCGGCACAUGCCAAGUGUGAGUGAAAUGUCAUGUGAGCUGUGAUGUCAGACAUGUUAAUAUGGAUGCAGAUUAGUUCUGCUGCUGGGGAUAAAACGGAAAUCACUUUUGUGUCAAAACACUAAAAACUAGAAUGUAGCGGUGUAGAUUAUGUAGAUUAUCUUAAAUACAUAACAUAAAGCCAUCUCAUCUGUCCUGAAACACAUCACUUCCUGUUCUCUGUGUCUUUGUCCCUCUGAAAAAGACACUAAUAGUAGUGGUAGGAUUAGUAGUAACAAUUGUAGUAGUUUGACCCAGAAAAUACUUCCUGGUUCCUUCAUUAACAGACAUCACUUCAUCGUCAACAUACGGAGACAACAUGACGGACCUGAAACACUACCAGAACCCUUUCUAACUGGGUUUACUGGGUUCCUCUGCUGGAUGUUUCCAUUGACAGCUGGUCUCUUCAAAUAAACCAUAAACCCAUUCUGCUCGUUGUAAAUUAAAGUCACAGUAGUCGUUCCUUUAAGGUGGAUAUUAACUCUAGGUCUGUAAUAUUUCAUGUUUCUAUCUAAUUGUAAAGGUAUUUUAUAACAGAAUCAUUCCAGAUCCAUAUUACUCUUAUAUCUGUUAGUCUGAAUCCACUGUCGGACCAUUUUAAUAAUCUGAAUCUGUAUUGUUCUGUUAUAAAUUUAGUCUGAUGUGUUCGGUGGUUUAGUCUGGUUAGUCUUUUACUUUCUAAUUCACUGAUAAAGUUAACUUUAGUUAUUAAUAAAGUAAUCAAUACAGUCAACAGUUUUUCUCUGAAUACAAAAUCAAACUUUCAGACUUUUAGACUUUUUGUGAACAUCAUCUGAUAUAAAUGGUGCUAAUAAAUCCAGUUGUAGCCUGAAAGUAGCAAUCCCUUCAAAGCCACGCCCCCUACAGGACGGCAGCAGAGUGACCCUGCCCCUUUCAGCUAUGAUGUCACAGGCACCGCCCCUUUCAGCUGUCUGACCUCUGAAGGGAUUUGUAACAAUGUUUUUGAUGUAAAGACUUCAUUUGAUACCAUUUCAUUUUGUAUUUUUACAGUUUUGUAUUCUGGCUGGUUCACCAACUCUUCCUGUAGUCUUCCUGUCCCUGUGUAAAGGGUUAACUGUUGUGUCUGCAGACUGAAGUGUCUCUUUCCUCACACAGGGUCCAACAUGGAGACAGGAUGUCUUCCUGUCCCUGUGUAAAGGGUUAACUGUUGUGUCUGCAGACUGAAGUGUCUCUGUCCUCACAGAGGG